AUGGGCAACAGCAACAGCAACAGCAUCAGUAUCGGCAUUGGCGGCAAGAGCAGCGAGGCUGGCGACAAAGACGGCCUAAUAAAUCGGAGCGUCGGCACCCGACUCGCCACUCGGCUCUCGCGCUACUGCUCCCUCCAGGAGGUCGGACUCACACCCCCGGAGCAACGUCGCUUCCGGCGGAGCCACGGGCUCCAGCUACCGCUGCACCCGCAGCAGCUCCUCGGCUGGCUUGUCCUCCUCGGUCUCGCUAGCGGCACCUUCGCCUCACUCAUACCGGCCCUCGGGCCCCAACUGCGUCCCGCCGUCCUCGGCAGCGUCAUCGCGACCCUCAUUCUUCACGUGGCCUCGCACCUCGCGGCCCUCCUCCUCGAUCCCGCUGAGCCGGCAGUGCGCCGCCAGCCAAUCUCCCAGCGUGUCCCGGAAUUCGACCGGAGCCGACACCGGCACGUCAUAGAGAACGGGCGCUGCCACCUGUGCAACGUCGAGGCCUCCAGCCGCCGCACCAAACACUGCUCCGUCUGCAACAAGUGCAUCGCCCGCUUCGACCACCACUGCAACUGGCUGAACAGCUGCGUGGGUAGCCGGAACUAUCCGGCGUUCAUCGCGUGCCUGGUGACGGCGGUAGUCGCCGCCCUCGCGGUCCUCGCCCUCUCGGUAGCCGAGCUCGCCCUCGUGAGGCUCGGAGUCGGGGCCGAGGCCGAGGCCCGGCCCGGCAUGGACAACGUCACCCUCCCCAUGAGCCUGCCCCUCCCGGGCCCCGGCUCUCUCAUCGUCAUCUCCGUAGUCGGGCUCCUCUCCGCGAUCGCCGCUGUCCUCCUCAUCCACCUCUGCUUCUUCCACGGCUACCUCGCCUGCCUCGGCCUUAGCACUUACGAGUACGUGAGGCGGAGACGGGCGGCUCGACCGGAUCCGGCACUCCAGCCGAUCAGCCAGCCCCGGGAUGAGCCGGUGCCCGGAUACCGCGAGGCGGGCACGCCAGCCGAAGAAUCGCCCCGACGGGGCUUCGCGCGAUCCUUCAUCCCCGGGGCCGGCCCGCGCCAAGACUGCCGAAACUUCCGGCUCUGCUUCUCCUACGACUCGCGGUUCGACGAGACCUCGAUCGAGGUCAGCUCGCGGGCCCGCUCCGAGCCGGAAGAGGGACAGCGAAUGCGGGCCCGAAUUGCCCAGCCGCCGGAGCGGCCGCCCCUCGAACUCAAGCCCUCGACGCCCUCCCCGGUCUCGUGCUGCUUCUCGCUCAUGGGGGCCUCCUCGGGGCCUGGCAUCGCGGCCCUCGGCCUCGGCAAGCCCAAGCAGCGUGAGGCAAGGUGCGUCGAGGCCGAGCCUAUCGGCGGCACCCGCGCUUGCGCGACGAUGCGCCGCAUUCAGAGGUUCCUGCGCACGCGGCUCAGGAAGAGCGCGCGACAGAGGGCCUUGAGCGCGGAGGUACGCACCGGCCGUAAAAACAGGGUCAAGCCUACGGGAGAUAAGGCCGGAGAUGUCACGGAGACGACGGCCGGCUCCCCUCCGACGCCCAUCACGGAGAUUAGCGGCGAGACGCCGCAGCCGAUUACGCAGACGCAGGAAAGACUGCCACCGCUGAACCUCGGGCCGAGACACCGACUCAAUAAACCCGAGCUCGUGCUCGCUGACCCGAGUGGACUGGCCGCGGUCAAGAGGAGCCAGGCCCAUCUGCGCCUACGGCGACCCCCCCUCGGGCAUAAGAGGCCCAGGUUCAAAGUGGGACCGCACCUAGGCCAGUCGGCGCAACUCUCGCCUAUACCCGAAUCCGAGUUGUCCAAACCGGCCUCGCCGAGAUCCCCGCCACUGGCCAAUCGUUUCACCUUCCCGCCGUUGAGUAGUUCAUAAUCGUCAGCCUCGACACAUUGUUUUCUAGUUAUAGCGUAUAGAAAAAACUUUGGGCGAGCCGGGAAUCUUCCCUCUC